AAGAAUGUAUGCGCCAACACGAGCAGGAACAGGACCCAACUCGAUCCACUACAAAAGAAAUGGGUCAGCGACAACUACAAAGUAGCUUGCAAGCGAUACAUCAUCGCCCAUCCAGUAUGGCACGUGGCGACGGGGAGUAUAUAAAGUGGGAUUGAAACUAUUCGGAAGUAGAUCCUGUUGACAUUCUAGUUUCGAUAAUUUUGAGCGAAACGCAAGGUAUUGUUUGGCCAUGUCUGAGCUACAGAGACAAUCGAGCUUCCUGCCAUGUAAGACGACCACCACGCUGUGGGAAUCGGCGAUCACUGCUCACGAUGAUGUCGGAGACUGUGAAGAGUCGCUACGUUUCUUUCGACAGAUGCCAGCAGACAGCGCCCGGAUCUCGUUCAACAUCGGAAGCGUUCACAUGUCGGAGAGAAGCUAUGGAGAGGCUAUUGAGGAAUACAGCAAGGCACUGGACAGGGAUUCGCAUUUAGCCAUUGCAGCAUUCCAGCGCGCACUUGCACACCAUAACAUGGGAAGCAACGAAGAUGAUGAAGAUGCACUGCAAGAUUUUAUAGAGUGCCACCGACUGCUGCGCGGCAACCUGCUCAUUGACUACCGUGAGCUGGGACUGAAGCACAUACUCUGGGAGUAUCAGGUAUUGUUCAACCUGGCGGUAGUCUACGUACAGCUGGGUUUGAACAGGCAUGCUGACCAGUACUACGCCAAGGCAAAGAUCUCGCACGCCAAAGCUAAAGAGGUUGCAAUAACAAAGGAAGUUAGUCUCGAGACUGCGCUGCGUAACCUGAACAGCAUCUGCCAGUGUCCGUGCGGUAAUCCCAGCCUGUCAGUCAACGUCGACCGCCGGCUAACGCCCUUUCUCUGCCAGCUCAAGCAGCUAGAAGUGGCGCCGUUCUUCCAUCCCCGUGGCCUGUCCACCGUGCACUUGGAGGCCGUCAAGAAGCAGCAGUUCCUCGGCAAACCGAAGCUUCUGUUCUCAACAAGCCGACAGGACAUCUACCGCAAAUCCAGCACUGGAUUCACAGGCGCUGUGGCAAAGCGGGAAGGCAAUCCCAUGUUCGUCAAGAAGCAUCGCAACGACAAGCCUCCGCACACCAUAUCCAGUCUCAUUCAGGCCACACUGUUCGCGUCCAAGCUUCCCGCCUUCGCCGUGAAACCACCUGCCCCAAACAGCCAUCUCGUACCAUCGUAAAGUGGGCAUGUAGGCACAAUUUCAAAUGAUUAUAUCAUCGGAACUCUUCAAGGCCAUCAAACAACUAAUAACGCAUAUAGCAGCACCGGGAUGGCGAGAGAAAUACCAUCAAGACGAGAACAUCAAGACGGAAUCAAGACAACUUAUAGCACGAGUAUUGCCAGCACACGGCAAUGCCCUUCAGCAAGACGAAUUAUAGCAUGGGUAUUGCCAGCACACGGCAAUGCCCUUCAGCUGUGAAAUCAGCGAAUUCACACAACUACUGUCAGCAUACCUAUGUGCAUGACUAGAGAACUGUCUGCUUGUCAACACAUACUUCUGAAGCCAAGCUAGUUCCAUCUUUCUAAGCAGCAUUCCUUGACUAUUUAUUACGAAGAAAGCCUUUUAUCUUCCUCGAAGCGUCUGCACACACUACAUGUACAUGUAUGUACUUGUACGUUUAGCAGUACAGUACUGUAUUGUGCUGGGAUUAUGCUUGAACAGCUAACAAAGUCAUAAUCUUACACCUCACAGCUUGAGCUUUACCGUCAUGUGACCCUGACACAUUAUCGUAAUAUCUAAUAACUGAUGAGACUGAGUGAUCAGAACGUUG